AGUAGACAAGACGACAGCACCACUCUCGCAUACUCCUCCCUUAAUCCCCUUGUUCACUGAUCUCUGCGUAACGAAACCACCGAGUCGCAAUCGAACAUGGACAAAUUCCGCGCCUUCACCAACACGAUCGGGUCGACGGUGACGCCGUUUGCGACACGCAGCCAGCAAUGGAUCAAAGAACAGACGGGCAAUGCGGGCGAGAAGACGGAGCUGCCACACGACUACGUUGAGCUCGAGACGCGCAUCGAUGCGCUCAAGCUGACACACCAGCGCCUGCUGGCGGCAACCAGCCAAUACGCCAACGAGGCCUACGACUACCCUCCCAACGUGAAGGAGAGCUUCCAGGACUUGGGCAAGAGCAUCAGCGAGAAGGUCAACCUCCUCUCCAAAGCCGGCACCGCCGCCGAAGCGCAAGCCGCACUCACUGCGCCUCCUUCCGCCAAACCCCAGCCAAAGACCUUCUCCCACGCCAUUGCUCGCGCCUGCCUCUUCGGCUCACAGACUGUAUCGACUGCCACACCCCAAGGCAGCACGGAGCCAGACCCGCUCGCGCAAGGGCUGGAGAAGCUAGCAAUCGCUUCAGAAAAGGUGGGAGAGGCUCGUCUGGAUCAGGACGAGAAGAUCCAGGGCAAGUUCCUUGCGGGCUGGAGCACGACCCUCAACCAGUCGAUCAAGGCAGCGGACAAGGCCCGGACCGCGGUGCAGAAUGCCCGGUUGAACCUGGAUGCUGUUAAGUCCAAAGCUUCCGCUGGCGGCAAGCACGAGGAGAACUACACCGAAGCGCAGCGCAAUGCUAUUGAAGCCGCCGAGGACACAUUUGUAGAAAAGGUCGAUGAGGCCACGAGCAUCAUGCGGAAUGUCCUGGACACGCCCGAGCCAUUGAGAAACUUGGUCGAGCUGGCCAAGGCACAGGAAGAAUACCAUCGACGCGCGGCAGAGAUCUUGGAAGAGACGCUCAAGAAUUUGAGUGAAGUGCAGCAGGAGCAGGAGGAGAACUGGAGGAAGGCACGUGACGGCCAAUGAGCGACUGUGACACACAGAAGUUGAAGUGUUGACGAGCUUUGUGUAGGGGCUGAUUGAUCGCAAUGCCCAAGACUUUGAAUGAGAACAUGACCCUCUUUGCAUUGACAUGGAAGAGCGGAGACAUGGGGACGACGGAGUCUGGAGUCACGGUGGCGCCAUGAGGUGCAUUGAUAUCAAUAUAGGUAUGAAAGAG